UUCACAUCCGAGUCCCGAAUAAUCGAGUCAUUUAACUGCUUUGAGUUUAGAUUAAUCUGCGCUUAAUAUCAGUAUUAGGCUUUCAAUUGCAAGUUUAGACUCGAUUUGUGCUUCAAAUGCUUGAUUGGACACCAAUUUACUGUCCUUGUAGUGAAUUGUGCAGAAAAUACAAACUUACAGGAUGAAACUGGAAAAGGAAAAAGACGAUAGAAGGUCAGAAGGAUCAAAGAAGUCCAAACACUCCUCUAAAGACCGAGAGAAGGGGUCUGAGCUGAACGGCAAACACAAGCCCUCCUCGAAGAUGAAGCGGUCAGACAGUCCCUCAGGAGUGCGCAGCAGCUCAGUGAAAUAUGAAGCAGGAGAUUCUGACACACAUGAGGAUGUCAAAGUAGAUCCUGAUGAAAGAAAUGAUGGACAGCAGAAAUCAGGUUCUCCAGAAAUCAACAACAACAGAGAGAAGGCAGACGACGGUCACCAGUGUGACUCCGGGAAGAUGAAGAAGAAGAAGAGGGUCAAAGAUGAGAAACAGGAGAAGAAUCAGACGUCUGCAAGGAAAAGGAAGAAGACGAGUUCUGAACAUGAUAAAGCAGAGAAGAAGAAGAAGAUCAAGAAAGAUGGAGAGCAGGAGAAGAAGGAAAGGAGGAAGAAGGACGAGGAGUCUGAGAAGUGGAAGUGGUGGGAGGAAGGAAAGUCAUCAGACACUCAGAAAUGGAGCAGUUUGGAGCACAAAGGCCCGUACUUCCCUCCUGAAUAUGAGCCACUGCCUGAUAACAUCUGCUUUAAAUAUGACGGUCAGCCGGUGAAGCUCAGUCCCGUGACGGAGGAGAUCGCCACGUUCUACGCUAAGAUGCUGGAUCAUGAAUACACCAGUAAAGAUGUGUUUCAGAACAACUUCUUCAGCGACUGGAGGGAGGAAAUGACGAAAGAAGAGCGGAAGCAGAUCAAGACGCUCUCCAAGUGUGACUUCACUCAGAUCCACAAGUAUUUCGUGGAGAAGUCUGAGGAGCGUAAGAACAUGACGAAGGAGGAGAAGCAGGUCCUGAAGGACGAGGCCAGCCGGCUGAUGGAGGAGUACGGCUUCUGUCUGCUGGACGGACACCGCGAGAAGAUCGGGAACUUCAAGCUGGAGCCGCCCGGACUGUUCCGCGGAAGAGGAGAACAUCCCAAGAUGGGCAAGCUGAAGAAACGCAUCCAGCCGGAGGACGUGACCAUCAACUGCAGCCAAGACUCGGAGAUCCCGACGCCCCCUGCAGGCCACCGCUGGAAGCGCGUGCAGCACGAUAACACGGUCACAUGGCUGGCGUCGUGGCUGGAGAACAUCCACGGACGACCCAAAUACAUCAUGCUGAACCCCAGCUCCAAACUCAAGGGCGAGAAGGACUGGCAGAAGUACGAGACGGCGCGGCAGCUGAAGAUGAAGGUGGACUCCAUCAGGAAGCAGUACAGACGCGACUGGACCUCCAGAGAGAUGAAGAUCCGGCAGAGAGGAGUCGCCAUCUACUUCAUUGACAAGCUGGCGCUGCGAGCAGGGAACGAGAAGGACGAUGAGUCUGCAGAUACGGUGGGCUGCUGCUCUCUGCGUGUGGAGCACAUCACUCUCCACCGGCGUCUGGACGCUCAGGAACACGUGGUGGAGUUCGACUUCCUGGGAAAAGACUCCAUACGCUACUACAACAAAGUUCCUGUGGAGAAACAGGUGUUCAAGAAUCUCAAGCUUUUCAUAAAACACAAGGAUCCAGAAGAUGAUUUAUUUGACCGAAUUACAACGGUCAAACUCAACAAAACCCUGAACGAGUGCAUGCCCGGACUGACGGCCAAAGUGUUUCGAACCUUCAACGCCUCGACCACGCUGCAGGAUCAGCUCAACAAACUCACCACAGAGGGCAUGACGGUGGAGGAGAAGAUCCUGUCAUAUAACCGAGCGAACCGAGCCGUGGCCAUCCUCUGUAACCACCAGAGGGCAGCACCCAAAACCUUCGAGAGGUCCAUGCAGCUGCUGCAGGAGAAGAUCCAGAAGAAAAAGGAACAAAUUGAAGAUGCCAAAAAAGAGCUGAAGGAAGCGAAGAAAGCACAUAAAGACGCUCCGUCUGACAAAUCUAAGAAGCUGCUGGAGAAGAAGGAGAAGGCUGUUCAGAGACUCAGUGAUCAGCUGAAGAAGCUGCAGCUGCAGGAAACUGAUCGCGAGGAGAACAAGGUCAUCGCUCUGGGCACGUCCAAACUCAACUACCUGGACCCUCGCAUCAGCGUGGCAUGGUGUAAGAAACACCAGGUGCCUAUCGAAAAGAUCUACAACAAAACCCAGAGGGACAAGUUCGCCUGGGCCAUCGACAUGACCGACGACAACUUCCAGUUCUGAAGACCCCCCCGAGCUUCUGUGCUGGGAUUAUUUGUGUGGUUUUGUUUUUUUGAAUGAAUCUGUUGUUGAUGAUGAUGAUAGUGUAAAGUAAAGCCUCUCUCGUACAUCA